UGUUAUAGCGACUCCGGGACGUUUACUCCAUUUGAUAGUUGAAAUGGAUAUGGAGCUCAAAAGUGUUGAAUAUAUCGUUUUUGAUGAAGCCGAUAGAUUAUUCGAAUUAGGAUUUUCGGUUCAAUUACAUGAAAUUUUGCAUAGAUUACCUCAAUCGAGACAGACUAUGCUUUUUUCUGCGACUUUACCUCAAUCACUCGUGGAUUUUGCAAAAGCCGGUUUACAUGAACCGAUUUUAGUGAGAUUAGACGUUGAUACCAAAAUUAGCUCUGAUUUGGAGAUGGCUUUCUUUUCAAUAAAACAUUCAGAAAAAGAAGCCGCUCUUCUAUAUAUUAUAAAGGAAAUCAUCAAAGUUCCAAUCAAUUUAAACCCUAUAAAUAAUGAUAAGUUAAAAUCUUCAAGCAAGAAAUCGAUUGAGAAGGAUAAUUCUCAUUCCUUACUUUCUCAUCAAACUAUAAUAUUUGUAUCAACAAAACAUCAUGUUGAAUAUAUUACAAAUCUAUUGAACCUUGCGGGAUAUCAACCUUCUUAUAUUUAUAGUUCACUCGAUCAAACGGCCCGAAAAAUUCAAAUUAGCAAUUUCCGAAAUGGUCAAACUAAUUUGUUAGUUGUCACUGAUGUGGCUGCUCGUGGAAUAGACAUUCCAAUUCUGGAGAAUGUAAUCAAUUAUGACUUUGUUGAUAGUAGCAAAGUUUUUAUUCAUAGAGUUGGUCGAACGGCGAGAGCUGGUAAAAGAGGUUGGGCGUACUCAUUAAUAACACCCGAAGAGCUGUUUCUAGGUCGACGUUUGGUGAUAGGUUCAGCAGCAAGUUCAAAUCCGGAUUAUACUUCCGAUAUUAUUAUGGGUAGUUUCCCUAUUGAUUCUUUGGGCGUAAAUUUGGAGUGGGUUAAAAAUAUUCACAAAGAAGUCAGCAAUAUUGAAGCGCUUAAUAAUGUUGCAAAAAAUGGAUAUAAGCAAUAUUGCAAAUCCAGACCGUUGGCAUCAUCGGAAAGUUAUAAAAGAGCCAAGGAAAUUAUUGCAACGGAGAAAUAUGUUGAUGUACAUUUACUUUUUGCUGAUAAGGUUGAUGAAAAAGAAAAGGAGCGACGAAAUUUAAUUAGUUCGAUUUCUAGUUUCAGGCCGCAUGAAACCAUAUUUGAAAUCGGAAGCCGAGGAAGUAAGAAAGCUUCUUCCGCAGCGCAAAUCAUGAAACUACGUCGAGGGAAUGUUUCAAAGGUAAUUGAAGCACAUAAGUCUAGUAUUUUAAAUAAAAAUUCAGGUGCAGAUCGAUCAGAAUUUAUAAAAUCCAAUCUUAAAGUUGAGAAAAAAUUGAAGGAUCAUUUCCGUGAUGAGGAAUUCUAUAUCCCUCAUGUCCAAAAAGAUGCAAAUACCGAAAAAGGAUAUUCUGUACACCAAGGCAUGUCCUUUGCGGAAGAAUCCAAAAAGGCCAUAAUGGAAACUCAAACCGAUGAACACGUUCCACAACUUGGCAAAAAUAAAAUGCUGAGAUGGGAUAGCAAAAAGAAAAAGUUUGUGAAAGGAAUUGGUAUAGGAUCAGAUAAUAAAAAAUUAAUAACUACUGAAAGUGGGAUUAAGAUCCCUGCUACUUAUAAAAGUGGAAGGUUUAAAGAGUGGCAACAGCACAAUAAACUUCAAAUUCCCCGUAUGGGAGAAAAAGAACUUCCCAAUAAAAAUCUCAAUAUGAAACGAUAUCGGCAUAAUAAGAUCACAACACCUAAACCAUUGGAUCCUUUAUCCAAAAAUUAUGAAAAGAAAAUCAAGAAAGCUUCCAAAGCAGAUGUUGCAAAUGAUCAAAGAGACUUCUCUAAUAUAUCAUCGAAGAAGCAAAACACAAGUGGACACACUAAUAAGAAAAUUAAUAAUGAAUUAAAGACAGCAGAACAAAUUUACAAACUCAGAAAAUUGAAAGAAAAACGAAAGUCUAAAAAUGCUAGACCUAAUCGUAAGGGAAAAUCAACCAAAUAA